AUGAACGGGCUGCUCAAGGAGCAGCUGUGCAAACUGUCCCCUACUGGUACCCUCAUGGGUUGGAGCAAAAACAUUCAUCAGGCAACUGCCUGCCUCAAUGACCACCCACCGCGUGGCUCUACCCCGUAUGCUCAUUUCAAAGGGGAAUCCAUCAAGCGGCCGCGUGUGCUUGGAGUGCAACGGCUGCAGCCCCAAGCCUGCCUCCCCAGGCGAGCCCUGCCCGGGAGUGCAGGGUUGGGUCUGCGAUUGCCACACAAAGAAAUAACCCUAGAACUGGAGAGCCGUCAUCUUGUGAGUAUGGGGUUGGCCGUCACCAUACCUCAAGGGUAUUAUGGUCGCAUGGUGCCCUGUAAUAGUUUAGCUCUCCGGGGAGUGGACAUCAUUGCAGGGGUCAUUGACUUGAACUACCUUGAGGGGGCGAGGGUUGCAAUCCAUUACACCGGAUCCCAGCCCCUGCGAUGUGCACAGGGAGACCAAAUAGCCCAACUGAUAACUGAGUGGCUAGGGGUCCCCACUAUCCAGGAAGGAGAUUCCUUGCAGCUCACUCAGCAGCCAGGUGGCUUCAGGUCUACAGGGCGUGCUGUGUGGGUGCAUGAUCUGACUAAACCCGUACAGUCAGAAGGGGAAAUCAUUGCUGAUGGGCCAGGAGAAACCCACCUGGUACAAAUCAAAGGGGAAAAUGUCAUUUAG